UGGCAGUUGAGCUAUUCCUUCAGCUCCAAAGUGACAGUGAGGAGUCCAAUGAUGAUAUCGAGUCGCCUGACGCAUGUGACACUAAAUUGCUUGUGGCAUUCACGGAAAUGCUCAGCACCGUGGAACGCCGCUUUUGGGCUCGGGAAACAAGCACUGAAGCUGCCCUACCGGUUGAGAAGCGGGUGGCUAUUGCAGUCUGGAAGCUGGCAACUCCAGACAGCUACCAAUCAGUUGCGAACCAGUUUGGAGUGGGAAAGUCAGCCGUUGGAAUUGUGUUGAUGCAAGUUUGCAGGGCCAUUAAUCGCAUCCUGCUAAGAAGAACCAUGACUCUGGGGAACGUGGAGGACAUUCUGGAUGGCUUUGCACAAAUGGGUUUCCCUAACUGUGGAGGCGCGCUAGAUGGGACACAUAUUCCUAUUCUGGCACCACCCCACCUGGCAUCCAAGUACAUUAAUCGGAAGGGGUAUUUCUCUAUGGUUCUCCAGGUGCUUGUGGAUCACCGUGGGUGUUUCAUUGACAUUAACACAGGCUGGCCUGGAAAGGUGCAUGAUGCACGCAUUUUUCGGAACAGUGGCCUGUUCAGGAAGAUGCAGGCCAGGACUUUUUUCCCAGACUGGAAGAUCACAGUAGGGGACGUCAAAAUGCCCAUUGUGAUCCUUGGAGACCCUGCUUACCCAUUAAUGCCUUGGCUCAUGAAACCGUAUACAGGGAAACUUGACAGGAGCCAGGACCGGUUCAACUACAGGCUGAGCCAGUGCAGAAUGACUGUGGACUGUGCUUUUGGCCAUUUAAAAGGGCGCUGGCGAUCUCUUUAUGGGAGGCUAGACUUGGGGGAAAGCAGCUUCCCUGCGGUUAUAUCCACAUGCUGUACCCUCCAUAAUAAUUGUGAAGGGAAGGGUGAAACAUUCAGUCAGGAAUGGACCUCUGAGGUUCAAAGCCUGGAGGCUGAAUUUGCACAGCCAGAGAGCAGGGCUACUAGAGAGGCCCAGUACAGGGCUACAAGGAUUAGGGAUGCCUUGAGGGAGGAAUUUGAGGCUGAAAACCAACAGUAAUGUUUGGUGCCUUGCACGGGAGUGAAGUGCA